AUGUCCAUGACACGGAGCACUAUUGGGGAAUUGUCCGAUUUUGUGCAACGUGAGUGGUUUGGGGUGAAAAAAUGAGCAAAAACUUGAUUUUUCCAAUAAACUUGCUAAGAGAAAUAUGCCGGGUCUGAAAAUUUCAGAAAAAUUGGGAAUUUUCAGCAGAAACUGAGCUUUCUGCUGAAAAACCCGGAAUUUUCCUGAAAUUUUCAGAUCCCGCGCAGGGGAACCUAUCGUCAAUUUUUUAUUUGAAAAAAUGAAUCGAUAAAAAUUGCCGGAUCUGAAAAUUUCAGAAAAAUCUCGAGAUUUUUAGCAGAAACUCAGUGUUCUACUGAAAAUCCCCAGAUUUUCUGAAAUUUUCAGAUCCCACGCAGGGGAACCUAUCGCCAAUUUUUUAUUUGAAAAAUUGCCGGAGCUGAAAAUUCCAGAAGAAUCUGGAGAUUUUCAGCAGAAAAUCUCGGAAUUUUUCUGAAAGUUUCAGAUCCCGCGCAGGGAAAUCUAUCGUCAAUUUAUUUUUGUCAAAUUUCAGACAAGCCCUCAAUAAUUUUGGGUAACAAAUUUUUCGAUUCUCGUUGUGUUCUACAAGUCGAUGUUGCUCACAAAGCUGACAAAUUCGAGCCGCGCAUUUUUGUCAUCUCGAAAUUUCGCAUAUUUUUCUUGAUCGGAAAAACGACGUCAUCGCUGAAAAUUGAGAAAUCUUUUCAUGUUUUGACAAUUCGAUCGAUUCAUUUGGUUAAAGAGGAUGAGGUAAGAUAGUGGAAUUUGAAAAUUGAAACUUGAAAAUCAAGAUUGAAUUUGAAACGUGACGAAAAUGACGUGGCAGCGUGACAUUUUUCAAUUUUUAAACAAAAAAACGUGGUAGAUUUUUCAUUUCUCGAAAUUUUCAAUAUGAAAAGAGGUGAGGAAUCUGUAAAAUUAGAGCUAUCCAAGAAUUUUGCCCCGAAAAUUAUUAAAAAUUAAGUAUGCCGGAUCUGAAAAUUUCAGUGAAAACCAAGAUAAUUUUGGAUUUUCACUGAAAUUUUGAGAUCCCGCGCAGGCAAAUCUAUCGCCAAUUUUUUUUCGAGCGAAGCGAGUGUAAACCGCAAGCUUCCGCGUCAGCGGCACUAUCUUCCGCUUCAGCGGCCACGUGGUUUAUGAUACUGACAAGGUUCGCCACGUCAUAGCUAUCCACGUGGCUGCCAAAGCUGAAGCUUGCGGUUUACACUCGCUGCGCUCGAAAAAUCGAAUUUUCACGCCGGAUCUGAAAAUUUCAGUGAAAAACAUGAUUUUUUUCGAGUUUUCACCGAAAUUUUGAGAUCCCGCGCAGGCAAAUCUAUCGCCAAUUUUUUUCCGAGCGAAGCGAGUGUAAACCGCAAGCUUCCGCGUCAGCGGCACUAUCUUCCGCUUCAGCGGCCACGUCAUAGCUAUCCACGUGGCCGCUGAAGCGGAAGCUUGCGGUUUACACUCGCUUCGCUCGAAAAUCGAUUUUCUCGUGCCGGAUCUGAAAAUUUCAGUGAAAACCAAGAUUUUUUGAGUUUUCACUGAAAUUUUGAGAUCCCGCGCAGGGAAAUCUAUCGCCAAUUUUUUAUCGAGCGAAGCGAGUGUAAACCGCAAGCUUCCGCGUCAGCGGCACUAUCUUCCGCUUCAGCGGCCACGUCAUAGCUAUCCACGUGGCUGCCAAAGCUGAAGCUUGCGGUUUACACUCGCUACGCUCGAAAAAUCGAUUUUCUCAUGCCGGAUCUGAAAAUUUCACUGAAAACCAAGAUUUCUUUGAGUUUUCACCGAAAUUUUGAGAUCCCGCGCAGGAAAAUCUAUCGUCAAUUUCUUGUUUCCAGAUUUCAAUUUCAAUCGAUGACGGUGUGCACAAACGUAAAAUCAACAUAAAAUGCUCCGACUCAAAACGGUCUCUAUAUUUCUCGCCAAAUUCUUUCCGCCAUCAAACACUAUUUCCCCGAUUUCGGUCUACAAUUAGCCAAUUCCAUCGAAUUAUCCCCUCCAACUCUAUAUUCGGAAUUCACGCAUCUUCCGCUUGCCUCUCCGCGUCCUUGUCAUUCUUUCCGCAGAAGUUAUGCCGCAUUGUGUGAUUUGUAUGAACAACCGUAUAGAGAAGAAGUAUCGUGGGAUGUUGAGAAAAUAUAUACAGCCAAUAGGUUGCAUGAUUUGAAAAUUGAUGAUUUUUCGCAUUUAUUGCCAAGGUACUUGAAACAAAUCAUGAAUUUUGAAUCUGGCCAUGUUUUUGUACGAAAAAUGAGAGCUAUAACUAACUAUAGUUAUGACGUGGAAUUGCUGAGGACCUCCGAGGUUGUGGAAACCUCGGAGAUCCUCUAAAAUUCCACUUCAUAGCUACACUUGCUUCGCUCGAAAAAUCGAUUUUCUCAUGCCGGAUCUGAAAAUUUCAGUGAAAACCAAGAUACUUUUUGAGUUUUCACUGAAAUUUUGAGAUCCCGCGCAGGCAAAUCUAUCGUCAAUUUUUUUUCGAGCGAAGCGAGUGUAAACCGCAAGCUUCCGCUUCAGCGGCCACGUGUAUGACUAUGACGUGGCGAACUUACAGUAUCAUAAACCACCACACCUCGGCCAAGCCGUGGCUGGCCAGAGUACAAUUUUUGGAAAAAUCAUAAUUUCAGUUUUUAGAGGUCAAAAAUUGAAAAAUCUCAAUUUUUAGAGGACAAAAAUUAGAAUAUUCACAAUUUUUUGUACUGUAAAAAAUUAGCGUACAAUUUUUUAUUGUGGAAACCACGAUUUUGGCCGAGGUGUGUAAACCACGUGGCCGUUGAAGCGGAAGAUAGUGCCGCUGACGCGGAAGCUUGCGGUUUACACUCGCUUCGCUCGGAAAAUCGAAUUUCUCACGCCGGAUCUGAAAAUUUCAGCGAAAACCAAGAUUUGUUUUUGAGUUUCCACUGAAAUUUUGAGAUCCCGCACAGGGGAAUCUAUCGCCAAUUUUUUUUCGAGCGAAGCGAGUGUAAACCGCAAGAUUCCGCGUCAGCGGCACUAUCUUCCGCUUCAGCGGCCACGUCAUAGCUACCACGUGGCCGCUGAAGCUAAAGCUUGCGGUUUACACUCGCUUCGCUCGAAAAUCUGAAAAUUUCAGUGAAAACCAAGAUCUUUUUGAGUUUUCACUAAAAUUUUGAGAUCCCGCGCAGGCAAAUCUAUCGCCAAUUUUUUCCGAGCGAAGCGAGUGUAAACCGCAAGCUUUCGCGCUAGCGGCACUAUCUUCCGCUUCAGCGGCCACGUGGUUUAUGAUACUGUAAGUUUGUCACGUCAUAGCCAUCCACGUGGCCGCUGAGGCGGAAGAUAGUGCCGCUAACGCGGAAGCUUGCGGUUUACACUCGCUUCGCUCGGAAAAUCGAAUUUCUCAUGCCGGAUCUAAAAAUUUCAGUGAAAACCAAGAUUUAUUCUUGAGUUUUCACUGAAAUUUUGAGAUCCCGCGCAGGAAAAUCUAUAGCCAAUUUUUUUCGAGCGAAGCGAGUUCAAUAUCGAUUUUCUGUCAAAUCUAACCUCAAAUUUCACAAAAAUUACGAUUUUCGGGCUCAAAAUGCUCCAAAUUUCCCCAAAAAUCCAAAAAAUUGCAGAGAUCUUUUGCCAAUAGUCGGUGUUCUGCAAUAUUCCUCAUAUUUUACGGGUCUAAUUUGUGAUGCAAUUCGAAUUCCUUCCGAUGUUAUUGAUGUUAUUCUGAAUGUCAUCCGGAAAUCACACAAUUUACAUAAAUUGCAAUUGAGAGCAUGUGCUUUGCCAAAGUGAGUAUUUUUGGGUGGGAAAAUUGGGAUUUUGAGUGGGAAAAUUGAAAUUUUCAAGAUUUUUAACCCAAAUUUCAUGAAAAAUGGCCCUCUAGUCAAAUUUUGUAUCAAAAAAUUACCCAAAUUAUUUUUUUUCCCAGAGAUUUCAUAACUCUUCUCUCCUCCUCAAUCCAUCAUAAUCCAAAUAUUUCGCUCGAAAUUCUGGAUUUAUCCAAAAAUGCAUUAGAUGAUAAAAAAGGAUUCACCGCAUUUUCAUCGAUUUUGCCAAGAUUAACACAAUUAAAAUCGAUCAAUUUGGCCGAAUGCCAAUUAUCGGAUAAAUGCUUGAAUUUGUUGUGUUCCGGAUUGUAUAAGUGAGUUUUUUUUUUUGGGGAAAAAAUGGGUUUUCUAGAGCAUUUUGACCUAAAAAUCAUGAAUUUUUAGCCAAAAUUCAUCUUAAAAGUAUUUUUUAAGCUAAAAUUGAGAUUUUUAGUGAAAUUUUGAGAGCUGAAAAGUCAAAAAAAUUGAAUUUUUCAAAUUUAAAUUUUAAAAAAAUUGCUGAAAAAACCUUUUUUGGCUGUUAAAAAUUCUUAGAUUCUGAAUUCUCAAUUUCAGCCUAAAUUCACUGAAAAUUUGAAUUUCACAAAAAAAACACGCUGAAAAUUUGGUUGAAAACCUCUGAAAUUUUUAUAUAAAAAAAUUGCUGAAAAAAAACCUUUUUCCAAUUUUCGGCUGUAAAAAUGAAAAAUUAUUGAUUUUCUUGGAUUCUCAAUUUUUAAUCACAAUUUCAAUUUCAGCCUAAAUUCACUGAAAAUUUGAAUUUUACAAAAAAAAAAUUUUUUUUUUAUAAAAAAUUAAUUUUUGCAGUGGAAUGACAGCUUGCAAAAGUGGAGGAAUGCAACUUGCUGAAUUGAAUUUGGCUGGAAAUUUGGUGAAAGAUGAUGUAAGCUUUUUUUCUUAUUAAUUUCAGGUUAUUUUUUGAAAAUUAAAGGAAAUUUGGAGUUUUUUGAUACCAAAUUUCACAAAAUUUCAACCUGAAAUUCAAUUUCAGAUCUCCUCAAUAAUAAAUCUUCUAUCAAUUUGCACUUCCCUUCGAAUUCUCGAUUUGUCUGAAACUGGAAUUCAAUUGGAUAAAAUCUGGAAUUCUCUAAAAUACGGUGGAAUUCAAAUUGAAAAACUCAUAUUAUCCGGAUGUAAUUUGAGCAAAAAAAGUGAUGGAAUUCAAACGGCAAAAGAAUAUUUCUCAAUGGCUUUGAAUUUACAACAUAUUUCAUUUAAUAAUACAUCAAUGCCUAGUGAAUAUUUGAAAGCUGUUUUAUUGGGAUUGGCUGCUAAUCAACAGGUAUUUGAGGGAAUUUGCGAUUUUUGAGACCAAAUUUGACCUAAAAAUGUCAUUUUGAACCAUUUUCAUAGUGUGGCCGAGGUUUUUCAAUUGGAAAACUAGUCCGCAGCGUUCUUUUUGACCUAAAAAUGUCUCAUUUUGAGCCAUUCAGUCAUUUUCUUACUGUGGCCGAGAUUUUUCAAUUGGAAAACUAGUCCGCAGCUUUUUUUUUACCUAAAAAUGUCUCAUUUUGAUCCAAAAUUCGGCCAUUUUCUUAUUGUGGCCGAGGUUUUUCAACUGGAAAACUAGUCCGCAGAGUGGAAUUGUUUUUCAAGACCAAAAAAUGUCUCAUUUGUUCCAAAAUUCGGCCAUUUUCUCAAUUGUGGCCGAGGUUUUUCAAUUGGAAAACUAGUCCGCAGCGUGAAAUUGUGAAUUUUUGACCUAAAAAUGUCUCAUUUUGAUUCAAAAUUCAGUCAUUUUCUUAGUGUGGCCGAGGUUUUCUCAAUUGGAAAACUAGUCCGCAGCGUGAAAUUUUUUUCAAGACCGAAUGUCUCAUUUUGAUCCAAAUAUCUCAUUUUUGAGCCAUUUUCUCAGUGUGGCCGAGGUUUUGCAAUUGGAAAACUAGUCCGCGCACCGAACUUCUUUUUUACCUAUAAAUUUCAUUUUGUUCCAAAAUUCGGCCAUUUUCUCAAUGUGGCCGAGGUUUUUCAAUUGGAAAACUAGUCCGCAGCGUGAAAUUUUGAAUUUUCAAGAGCGGAUUUAUUUUUGACCUAAAAAUAUCUCAUUUUGAGCCAUUUUCGCUUAGUGUGGCCGAGGUUUUCAAUUGCGAAAACUAGGUUCAGCAAGUGUAUUGAAUUGCUUGAAUCGGUGACCUAAAAAUGUCGUUGUGAGCCAUUUCCUCACUGUGAGAGAGUUUUCAAUCUGGAAAUGGAUCUAGUCCGCAAGCGUGUUCUACAAUCACUUAUGAUGAUACAAUGUCAUUUUUAUUCAAAAUUCGGCCAUAUCGGUGGAGCCGAAUUUUUCGAAUUUGGAAAACUAGUCCGCAGCAAAACAUUGUGAAGUUAUCAAUAAAACUAUUGUUGGAUAUGUGUGAAAUUGUAUAGUGUGGCCGAGGUCAAUUGGAAAACUUUUCCGCGGGAGCGGGAAAAAUGUCAUUUUGAAAUUUUCAUAUUGUGGCCGAAAUUUUUCCAAUUGGUAAAAAACCGAUUUUCAAGUGGAAAUUGAAUUAAAUUUUCAAGAACGAAUUUCUAUUUGACCUGAAAAUGUAAUUUUAAUCCAAAAUUCGGCCAAAUUUUCAUUGUGUGGCCGAGGUUUUUCAAUUGGAAAACUAGUCCGCAGCGUUACUGUAGUUACCUAAGAAUUACUGUACAUUUAAUUCAAAAUUCGGCCAUUUUCUUACCGUGGCCGAGGUUUUCAAUUGGAAAACUGUAGUUCUCUCGUAAAAUUGUGAAUUUUUCAAGAACCGAAUUUCUGAUUUUUCGUAGAAUUCCGAGCAUUUUGACACCAAACACGGUUAAUUUUGUGAGAUGCACCAUUGGAAAACUAGUCCGCAGCGUUCUUGCUGACGCUAAAAUUUUGGUACCAAAAAUCUCUGAAAUUCUACCGUGUUUAGUGUCACCGCAAAAAUUUAAAUUUUUAUAUAAUAUUCGUGAUCUUCAUACCAUUUCGCUUGGAUUUGGAUUCGACUUGCGAAAAAGGUUCAGCAAGUGUAUUAGAUGCUUGCAUCGAAAUGCGGAAUUCGUUGUGAAAGUCUUUCACUUCGAGAUAAUAAUCUGGAAAUUGAUCUACAAGGUGUUCAAAAUUAUCAGAAUCCCAUGGAGAAUAUGAAUUUCAAAUUUGAUUUCUCGCAAAAAAAUUUUGUUGGCGCAUUUCCGGUGCUGACGCGAAUUUUUUGUAGAUACGACAAAACAGUCAGCAAAAGUUAUCAAUAAAAUUUGAUGAUAUUUCUAAUAAAAUUCAUAGUGAGGAUGGGGUAAGUAGGGUUCUCGAAGCUAAAACAUUUGUUUGAAAUUCGUGAAUCAGCCCUAUUAGAAAAUUCCCUAGUGGAAGAUCUAUUGAAAAAUUGCUGAGAAAUGGUUAAAAAUUAUUGAUUUUCGUGGCGAAGAUUCUGAAUUUUUAAUCAAGAAUUUCACUGAAAAUUUGAAUUUCACAAAAAAAAGGCUGAAAAUUUGGUUGAAAACCUCUGAAAUUUCAAAAAAUUGCUGAAAAAGAAAACUUUGCAAGGUUCUCGACCUAGAACUAUAAAACUGUCUCAAGUUCAAAACUUGGUGCAAGGAUUACUGUAGUUGAAAAAGUCAGACUGCAAGAUAUUUAGAUUCAGUUGUAGGGUUACUGUAGUUCUCGAACUGCAAGGUAUACUCUUCAAGUCAAUAUAUCACUGUAUCAAUAUCAAUCGAUAAUAAUCACAUUGGAACUGCAUGGAUGUAUUUUGAUUUGGCAACAUCGAUGAAAAUCAAUCAUACAUUGACAUAUCUACCGUAUCCGGUUUUGGAUGCUUUUGAGACAAUUCAGUUCGAGCCGAAAGAUCGAGAACUAUUUUGGCACGAACAAAUUCAGAAAAUUGUUUGUAUCGAAGAUCGAAUGGCGAAAAGUAAAAAAUGUCGAGGAGGCGAAUCAGAUUAA